AUGUUUAUUGCGCGGUCUGAAUAUGACUGCCUGAGUGAUUCCUCUGAAAAUCGCUGCUGGAAAAGUCUCGAUCCUUACUCAUCUUCGUUUGACUACAGUACUUUCUCCCCGGAAGGCCGUCUCUUCCAAGUCGAAUACUCUCUCGAAGCUAUAAAACUGGGAUCAACAGCAAUCGGUGUCGCAACCUCAGAAGGAGUCGUUCUAGGCGUUGAAAAGCGGGUAACAUCAACCCUUCUCGAAACAUCAUCCGUAGAGAAGAUCGUCGAGAUAGAUCGACACAUUGGAUGUGCAAUGUCCGGUUUGCAGGCUGAUGCGCGGUCGAUGGUCGAGCACGCCCGUGUCGAGAGCCAAAACCACGCCUUUAACUAUUCAGAGCCGCUGAGGGUUGAGAGCUGCACGCAGGCCAUAUGCGACUUGGCGCUCAGAUUUGGUGAGGGUGCUGAUGGCGAGGAGAGCGUGAUGAGCAGGCCGUUUGGUGUUGCGCUGCUGAUUGCGGGUUAUGACGAGGAUGGACCGCAAUUAUACCAUGCUGAACCUUCGGGGACUUUCUACCGAUACGAUGCCAAGGCCAUCGGCUCUGGAAGUGAAGGCGCACAAGCGGAGCUGCAAACUGAAUACCACCGUUCGCUUACCCUAGUAGAAGCGGAGACUCUUGUUUUAAAGACAUUGAAACAGGUGAUGGAGGAGAAGCUGGAUGCUAAGAACGUGCAGUUGGCCAGUGUGACUAAGGAUAUGGGAUUCCGGAUUUACGGGGAAGAAGAAAUGGGACGGGUUGUGUCAACUUUGGGAGGGAAUUAG